GUUGUAGAGUGGAACGAUCAACCCGAUUGGGCCCUUUGCCCCUCCGUGGGUCGGAGCGGCCUGACCUUCGAGGUGGGCCCCUGUCCGUGGGGAUGCCUCGAGCCGGAGCUUUUCCAGCGCUCGCGAAGGCUAGUGCUAGCCUUGCUGGAUUACAUCGAGAAGCACAACUCGCUGAUUGCCCAGGGCAGCGCAAAGAAGGAGAAGGUCUCCAUGCCCGUCUACCGUGCCAUCGGCGUCUCUAUGGACUAUCCACGUGCCGCCGAUGGAGAUCCCACUGCACAUGUUCGGACCCCCAAAACACGAGCUUGGCAGCAAAGGUUCAUGCGCCCCGGAGCUUUUUCUUGUGUUCUUCAUGGGUGA